AUGGACACGGUGUAUAUGAGGGAGAGCCGCCAGAUUGAGGUUAUCGUGAUUGCGUGGGUUAUGACAGGAGCUGCCAUCUUCGCAGUUGCCGUCAAGCUCUUCACUCGUGUACGAAUUGUCAGAGUGGUCGGAUGGGAUGAUGUUUUCAUUGUCUUCUCUCUUAUACUUAGCAUCGCUGCUUCUUCUUUCGCCCAUUAUUCAGCGCACCUGGGGUUCGGCCGACCUAUGGCCGCCGUACAAACCGAGUUCGGUCAGGACCGUUUAGUUGUGACGGCGAGAUGGCAGAUGAUUGGAUAUCGUGCUUUCAGUUUUCCCAAUAUCUCGAUCGUCAUUCUCGUCUGCCAGUUACUUGACCCGAAACCUCUACGGACACGGCUGCUAUAUGGAAUGACCAUUCUGCAAAUUCUUUUCGCAAUGAUUACAGUAGUCAUCACCUUUGUGCAAUGUACACCAACCCAGAAGUUAUGGGAUAAGACGCUGCCGGGGACGUGUUGGGAUCCGAGUAUUCUCAAUAACUUUUCGUACUGGUUGUGCGCCUAUACGACCUUGACCGACUUCGUGCUGGCGAUCGUACCAGUUGUAACCUUUUGGAAACUUCAGAUGAAGCAGUCUACUAAGUUUGGUCUGUGUGUCAUGAUGAGUCUCACUAUGCUCUCAGCCAUCGUUACGAUCGUGAAGGGUACGUACUUACACCUAUUCACCGAUGCUCCCGACAUCCUCUACGAUCCAGUACCUUUAGUUCUCUGGGGUUUGGUUGAACAAAACGCUGUUAUAAUGGCCGCUUGUGUCUCCACGAUGCGCCCGUUUUUCCACAAAUCAUGGAUUCACGGAACAAGCAGUAGACAAAGCCGACCUGCCUCGGCAAACCAGCUCACAAUCCUUUCAUUGCGGCGUAGUCAUGCAGGCCAUAGGCAAGUGGAUUCGAUCUCGAACAUCCCGCUCGAUGAAAUGGAAAACAGGGAUUAUGCAGAGUCCAGCAGCUCACAACAGAGCAUAUGCCAUACUCUUAGAGUGUCUAUGGAGCGCCAGGAGGACCCUUCAAGCAAGAUCGGCUGUGCGAGUAAGAGUGUACCCUUGGUUAUGAUGGAUGCAAAAACCCGAUGA